AUGCCUGAAUCCGAACAGUCAUCCGACGCGGCCAACUCGCAAGCCAGUUUCCGUCUCGCAGACGGGUUGGGAUAUGCUCUUCAGCAGAAUCACCGCUCUGUCAUUAGGCUAAACUUACAACACUUCCUUUGGCGCCAAGUCUUUGGUUUCCACAUCCAUCCUUCCGUCCCCCCAAUUCUUGAGAAGAUCGCCGAUGUGGCUUGCGGAACCGCAUUAUGGCUGAUCGACGUUUCCCGGGAAUUCCCGCACUUUCAACUGGACGGACUGGAUGUUGAUUUGACUCAAGCCCCUCACCCAAAAUGGCUCCCCUCCAAUAUCCAUCUUCAACCAUGGGAUAUCUUUUCAGAUGUGCCAGCAGACCUAGAGGCAAAAUAUGACCUUGUACAUGUCCGACUUCUUGUCCUGGUACUUUCUGGUCUAGACCCCAUGCCUGUGUUGCAUCAUUUGUUUCAGUUGGUUAAGCCAGGUGGUUAUCUCCAGUGGGAUGAGUUGGAUACUGUGAACAUGCAUAUCAAAAAAGUGGACCCAUCUAUCAGCGCACCUGCAUUGCAAGAAAUCAUGGAGGCAUCGCAUGCGGGCGGGCGCCAUGAUUGGAUAUUGGAACUGCCACGUCUGCUAACCGAGGCAGGGUUUCAAGACGCUAAGAUUCAUUUUUACGAUGACCCCCCUGAAUUGAUCCGUGCUUUCAAUGAUCAACAUUUGUUGACUAUGGAAGAGUUCGCUACCAAGUUGGCAAGCAAGGGCCAGACGGAGGCUGCGACUCGAUUUACUCAUUUGAUUCAGUCUUCUUAUCAGGAAUGUGUGAAUGGCGCGGCUUUAUGCUUCCCUCGGGUGGUUAUUGUGGCUCGACGGCCUCUUUAA